UCUCAAACCUUCGGUAGAUAAGAAAACAAAAUUACCGUAUCGAAGUGUAAACCUAUCUCAAGUGGUCGAUACACAUAUAGCGAAGACAAAUCUACGAAGCGUCCAACAAAAAAUUCACGUUUUUGUUUUUGGGAUACUUAUUUAAUGUGUGAUUUAAAAAAGAAAUAUAUACAGAAAUAUUUACAUGGAAGCUAAGUUAAACAGUGUAAAGGUAUUUUAUUUGAAAAAAUUCUGAAUUAACGAUUUCGACCAAAUAAGCAGAGAAAAUUAUGGAAAACAGCAGUCUAAGCCGAGAGAAAUUAAAGGCGCACAAUGCUACAGAAAAGCAUCACGAAGGCGGCAGUAAACAUGACACGUUUUCUAUGAAGACGCCAAUGUCACGUGACCGUGCUGGAACGAUGCAGAGUGAAAGCUCCACUGGUACGGGCACCCACAGCAAGCUGAAACUGCAGCGACUGCGGCAUAAGAUUAAAUUGGUAACCGGGUCCUUCUCAAAGAGUGGCUCGGAGUCCCAAAUCACUAAGCAUUUUGAAAACACCUACAGGACCGAGCCAAAGAAUGGGACCCGAUUCAAGACUAAGGCGGCUGAGGACAUCAUUAGUCAAGUACUGGACGGAAAUUUGAAGGGCAAGCCCUAUGACUCAAAGAAGUUUCCAAAUUUGGCCAAAAGUCUAGCCGAGUUGAUCAAGGAAAGAGUGAAAAACUCCGGCUGCGAGAGGUACAAAAUCGUUGCUCAUGUGACAAUUUUGGAGAAUAAAGGCCAGAGUUUGCGUCAAGUGAGUAGAAGUUUGUGGAACAAGGAAACUGACAACUACGCUACGGUCAGUUUUGAAGGCAAUGGUUUUACCGCCAUUGGGUCAGUGUUUGCGACAUAUUAUGACUAAACAGACUAAACGUAUGUCAAGUACGGUCUGAACGUACAAGUGAAUAUUGGUUCAGUUUAUCAUGUCCAGAACCGGUACAUGUAUAUCGUCCGGAUGAGGUCAGCACAGACUGAACCGUUGUGCUCACACUUUUAAAAUUUGAAAAACAGAGGACAAGAUUAUUCAAAUUAUAUUUACGUACUAUUGAACAUUACCCCUGCCGUAAAGUCUAUUUCUAACAUAAAGUUACUCAUUUACAUUAAUGUAUUUUAUAAUAAUAUUGUUUUUGUUUUUUAAUAAGAAAACUUAGUUGAAUUGAAAAAUUAUCUCAUAUCAUGAUAUUCCUUUCAUGCGAAUAAAAAAUGCCUUUAUUUUGUUUCUGUAUGCUAAUUCUAUUGUUAUUCAACGGUAUGUAAGUUGUAAAACAAUUACAUAAAUAAUAUACAAUUAUGAUUGCCAUGUACAUGUAGAUACCAUCCCCCAUACUGGAAGUCGUUCGUUUGAUUAAAGUUUUGUUCUUCA